AUGCGUCAGGAAAAGGUGCAGAUGGUUGACUGGAUUACUGGGAGAGGGGAAGAGGAAAUCCUCUCGGUCUUGCUUAGGAACCAGUGGGUCUGCUUUGACGAGGACAUCUGCAGCGUUCGGCAGCCUCGAGCUGUUUCACCAUCUGACAGCAGGAACAGUCUGCAGCACACAGCAAAAACCUGCCUCGACCUCUGGCUGCCCGGGGAGCUGCUGGCGUGCGCCGCGGGCACCACCGUGGCCUGGCGGGACGAGUACUGGGACCUGAGCAGCAUCGUCCCGGUGGCCGACCGGCGCCUGCGCUGCGCGGGUUCAAGCGAGGCCUUGUCCACAACGGCUCUGACGCUGCCGCCGUCAUCUCCGACGAGCAACGCCAACGUCACCGUUCCACUUAGCUUCUAUAGCGUCGACAUGAACUUUACUCUUUUCUACGAAACCGAGAGAGCUCCUGAUUACUAUGAUGCAAAGAGCCUUCUUAAAAGCUGGUUUAGCAUCAUAUUUUCAGGAGAUGAAUUUGUUGUGACAGAUUUUAAAGUCAGUGCAAUUGAUAUAGAGCUUGAACAAACUUUUUGGAAAAAGCCAAACCUGUCUGAAUGUGAAUUACUGGAAGAACUUCCAAAUAAUAUUUUAGAUCUUCAGGAUGUCAUUAUAACAGAUGAGAAUGCAGAAGAUGUUGUACGGCAUAUUUUAUAUCUUUUGCCAAAUGCAAAGCUAGAUAUAGAAGAAAUCAAAAUAAUUGAAAAUAAAAUUUCUGAGAUAGCAAGUGUUGCAGAUAUAAGUGUGACACUUGCAGAGGAUAUGUUGAGUGUACUCAACUAUAUUUUGCUGCAAGAAACAGAUGAUAAUCAGAGCUUUAGAAAAAUGACUAAUAGUUUCCUGAAGACAACUGAGCAGAUAGGCUAUAAGAUGUCUUACACAGAAAGAAACGCGUCGGUCGUCACCAGUUCCCUGGCUCUGGUGGUGGUGCGUCCGGAUCCCAGCGUGUUUGAAGGACUGGCCUUCGGCGUUACUUCAUAUGAAAGGGGCCUGAACCUCAAGAUCAAUAUUCAAGAACGCCCUUUCACAACAGCCUUGGCCUCUGUGUUUUUGCCAAAAUCACUGAAGAAAUACUUAGGGAUGGAGUACUCUGAUCCAGAAAAGAAUUCAAAGAUCCAGUUUAAUUUUUUUGGCACAACUUCACCCUUUACGGGUUAUAGAACAGUGCACUGUGUCUUUUGGGACUUGCUGAAGAACAAUGGACUGGGUGGUUGGAAUACAUCAGGGUGUGAAAUGGAAUAUACAGAUAUGAAUUACACAAUCUGUUUUUGUAACCAUCUUACCCAUUUUGGAGUCCUACUGGACUUGUCCCGGACGGAGAUAGAUACCACAAAUGAUUACAUAUUAACUCUGAUAAGCUAUGCAGGAUGUGGUGCUUCUUCUCUUUUUUUGGGUAUCACACUGGUGAUCUAUCUACUCCUUGAAAAGCUGCGGAGAGACAACCCUUCCAAGAUCCUGCUGAUCCUUUGUGCUGCGCUGCUGAUGGUGAACGUGGUCUUCCUGGUUAACCCGUGGCUGUCCUCGCUCGCCCAGCGCGGCGUCUGCGUCGCCGUGGCCGUGCUCCUCCACUACUUCCUCCUGGCCGCCUUCACCUGGAUGUGCCUGGAGUCCGUCCACAUGUACCUGGCUCUUGUCAAGGUUUUCAAUGUCUACGUCCCAAAGUACAUUCUGAAAUUCUGCAUUGCUGGCUGGGGAAUACCAGCUAUCGUAGUUGCUGUUGUACUCAUUAUAAAUAAAGACUUCUAUGGCAAUGGAGCACUUUCUAAGAACAAACCAUUCAGCUCUUUUUGUUGGAUUCAAGACAAUAUAGUGUUUUACAUCUCUGUUGUGGCCUAUUUCCUCUUAAUGUUCUUGAUGAAUACAGUCAUGUUCAUCACCGUUCUUCUCCAAAUCAACUCCAUGAAAUCUAAAGCACAAAAGAGAUCCAGAUCCUGGAAACGGAGUUUUCUCCACGACCUCAAAAGGGUCUUUAUCUUUGUGUUUCACUGCCUCAUGAAGGAAGACGUGGUGAAGCAGUGCCGGUUCCACUUCUGCUGCGGGAGGUUCCGGCUGAGUCAUUAUUCUGUUUUUAGCCAACAGGACAGCGGCCUCAUUGCACCCCUAGUCACUGCAUCCGAGAGCUCAUCAGGAGCGGCCUUCGGCCUCAUCCUCACGACACCACCGGAGUGGGACAGCGUUGUCCAGGGUGACACCGGACGAGCUGUUGGAUUUUCACAACUGAAAGCCAUGGGAAUCUAUGUUAAAAAAUGUGGUAUAUUUUCUCCUACCUGGUUUUGGAAAUCUACUCCAUGA